AUGUCGAGUCGGGGGUUGGCCCUGUCGCGAAUGGCGGCGGCGGUGGCGGUGUGGAUGGGGCUUGCGGGCGUGCUGGCGGGGCUGGUGGCGUGGAGGGUGCAGAAGGGCUUCGACGACAAUCGCAAGGCGGAGCUCGACACCUGGUGCGCCGGUCGCGCGCGCUCGCUGCAGCAGCAGUUCAUGCUCACCGCCGACCACGUGCAGGUACACGCCCCACCACGUGCAGGUAGACGCCCCACCACGUGCAGCGCCCCCCAUGCGCCCCCCAUGCGUCCCCCAUGCGCCCCCCAUGCGUCCCCCAUGCGCCCCCCAUGCGUCCCCCAUGCGCCCCCCAUGCGUCCCCCAUGCGUCCCCCAUGCGUCCCCCAUGCGCCCCCCAUGCACCUCCCAUGCACCCCCCAUGCACCCCCAUGCACCCCCCAUGCACCCCCCAUGCACUCCCCAUGCACUCCCCAUGCACUCCCCAUGCACUCCCCAUGCACUCCCCAUGCACUCCCCAUGCACCCCCCAUGCGUCCCCAUGCACUCCCCCAUGCGAACCCCGAUGCGCCCAUCAGGUGCUGGCGGGGCUGGCGACAGUGUUUGGCGGCGUGCGGCAGAACCCCUGGGCGGUGGGCAGCUGUCUCACGCAGCGCCGCUUCGUGCGCUUUGUGGAGCGCAUGGUGGCGGCGCAGCCCUGGGUGCACGCCGUGGCUUACAUGACGCUCAUCAACGGCUCACACAGGGCGUUGUUUGAGCGGGCGGCGCAGUGCAAGCUGUUGGACAUUCUCGGCAAGCCGGCCCUGGAGGCGGAUUGGUACAUGAACUCGCGCGUGUGGUUCCAGGAGAACCCCUUGCUGCCGCUGCUGGAGGUGGGCUCUGUGUGCAUCAACGUGCGCACACACCCCUCGUACGGCCCGCAGCUCGCGCGCAUGCACGACCUGGCAGUGAACCUGCUCAGCAUGCCCUACGUGCUUGACAAUGGGGAGGCUGGCAUGGGGGCGUUGCGUCAAUGGGUGGGAGGGGCGUGUGUGAGUGGUAUGGGUGAGUCGAAGUGCUGUUGCUCCUUCUUCCUCCCCCAGUCGCUACCUUCUCUCCCUGUCAUUCCCCAUUCUUCCAUAGCCACCCUCUUCAUCUCUCACUCACUCAUCCUCUACAUCUGUACCGUACCCCUCCCCCGUCCCCUCCCCCGUCCCCUCCCCCGUCCCCUCCCCCGUCCCCUCCCCCGUCCCCUCCUCCGUCCCCUCCCCCGUCCCCUCCUCCGUCCCCUCCCCCGUCCCCUCCCCCGUCCCCUCCGCCCCAUUGUGCGGCCAGGCAUGGGAUUCCCAAUCUUCAGGGACGGCGUGACAACGUCGUCGCCGCUGGAGGAGAGGCGGGCGGCGUUGAUCGGCCUCAUUGCGGCGUCCAUCGAUUUCAAGAGCCUCGCCGCCUUCAUCAUUAACGAAGUGCUUCGCCAAGAUGUUCAGUACUCCCUCGAGGUCUAUGAUGUCACCUCCAGUGACCGCCUCGCUUUUUCCUCACCCUCCUCCUCCUCCUCCUCCUCCUCCUCCUCCUCCUCCUCCUCCUCCUCCUCCUCCUCCUCCUCCUCCUCCUCCUCCUCCUCCUCCUCCUCCUCCUCCUCUUCCUACACCCCGCGCCUGCUGUACGGGGUGGGCGACUUGCCUCAAGGCGACCCCUUGCAAGUGGCCAAGCUCAUUCCACCGUGCAACGAAACGAUGCUGCAGCCACACCGCUACAAGGCCGUGCAGCAAAUCAACCUCACCGACUCAUCACACACCUACCAGCUCUGGUGCCGCUUUGGCGAUGCUGACACGGUCCACAGCUGGACGGCCGUGCUGCUGGCGGUGCUGAUCGUGGUGGUGGCGGCGCUGCUGGCGGCUAUCGGGGUGAGCGUGGCGUGCAACACGCGUGGUGUGCGGGAGAAGGUGGCGGCGCUGGCGAUGCUCAAGGAGAGAACGCAGGCGGCGGAGCGCAACAAGAGUGCCUUCAUCGCCAACACGGCGCAUGAGCUGCGCACCCCCAUCAUCGGCCUCAAGGGCAUGUUGGAGGAGCUGGCGGAGGGGGAGGUGGACUUAGGGCAGAGGGAGGACGUGGGGACGGCGGUGGGCGAGGUGGAACGCAUCGUGGCGCUCAUCAACGUCGUGCUCGACGUCUCCAAAGCCGAGGCCGGCCGCCUCACCAUGGAGACCCUGCCCUUCGAUGUGCGCUCCUGGCUCAGGGACGCGCUGCACUCCCACGCCUGCGCCGCCCACGCUCGCAACCUCAACUUUGUGUGCCGUGUGGAUACGAGUGUGCCCGAGGUGCUGGAGGGGGACUACAUGCGCCUGCAGCAAGUGGUGGACAGCAUUGUGGACAAUGCCAUCAAGUUCACGACCAGCGGAAGCGUGUGUGUGCGGCUGCAGUGCCUUCCCCCCGACACCCACAUCCCCACCCACCUGCUCUCCCUCGGCUGCCUCCUCGCUCAACCCACCCCCGCCUGCUCCUCGCUUUCGGCUGCUGCUGCCAAUAAUGGUGAAGCCACUUCUACUGCUGCCACCACUGCUGCUGUUGCCACUGCUGUCCCCACAGCUGCUGCUGCUGCUGCGCCUGGCGGUGAGCAGGAGCGAGCAGAGAGGGCGUGGAGAGAGCAGGUGGUGCAGCAUGGGUUGGUGCAGCAGGGAGCGGAGCAGCAGGGGGUGGUGGGGGGCGUGGUGGGCGACUGGGCCCUACAGCUGGCGUCGCUCUGCACACGCUUCCUCCCGCGCCCCUCACACCCGCCAGUGGGGGCCAUGGGGCAGGGCGAGGGCCACGAGAGGUGCGAGGAGGAGCCGGAGGGGGGGUGGGAAAGGGAGGGGCAAAGGAAGGAAGGGUGGAGUAAUGCAGAGAAUGGGCGCAGGGAAGGUGUGGGGGAUGAGGAAUGGCGGAGAGGUGAAUGGGGGGGUGCAGCAGUGCAGACAGUGCGUGGUGCGGCAGCAGGUGCAUGUGUGCAGCAAGGGCGGGAGGAGGGUGGCGAGAGGGGGAAUGCAGGAAAAAGUGGCGUUUCUUGGAGAAGAGGAGAGGGGGCUUCGCUGAGACAUGGCGAAGAGGAGGACGGGGGUGGUCUUGGUGGUCUUAGAGCCGGGCGAGGUGCUGCUGUGCGUGAGGGGGGUGGCGCUGGCACAUUUGAGGUAGGCAGGGUGGCAAGAGCAGCAGCAUUAGGAGCGGGUGGUGGUGUGGGCUGGUGGAGCGAACCAGUGGGGAGGUGGUGGCGCGGGCGGGGCAGAGAGGAGUGCACAGAGGAGGAGGGGGGGGGUGGCAGGCGGUGUGUGGCGCUGCUGACAUGUGAGGACACGGGGUGUGGCAUCGCAGAGGAGGAGCAGCGCGACGUGUUUCAGGCGUUCAUGCAGGUGUCCCUCUUAGGCGGCAGCAUGGGUCUGAUCAGCUCAGAGGGCCUUGGCACCACUCUGCACAUCGCUCUGCCCUUUUAUGUUCCCGCUCCUCCUGCUGCUGCUGCUGCUCAUUCCCCGGCUGCCAGUUCUGCUCCCAGCGUGGGUUAUGGUGCUGGCUGGAAUGCCGUUCCCAUUCCCAGCCCCAUUACCAGAGUGGGCAACAGAAGCUUGAGUGCGAGCGAGAGAGAGCAGGGCUGGGGAGAGGCGGAGGGCACAAGCGUGGUGGAGAGGGCGGGUGAGAAGGUGGUGAGCGCCAAGGAGGCCCUCAAGGAGCUGCUUCAGGGCAUGGCCAUCCUGGUGGUGGACGACAACGUGAUCAACCGUUCUCAGCCCCUCUGCACCCCUCCCUGUACCCCCUCUCUCCACCAGGUGGUGGACGACAACCUGGUGAACCGGCGGGUGGCAGCGAGCACGCUGGCGCGGUACGGGGCGGAGGUGGCGCUGGCAGAGUCGGGCGAGGCGGCGCUGCGCCUGCUGCAGGCAACCCACUCCUUCCGCCUCGUGCUCAUGGACCUCCUCAUGCCCGGCCUCGAUGGCUUCCAGACCACCGCCCGCCUGCGCGCCUUUGAGGCCAAAGCCCACACCGCCCAAGCGGGGUUGCAAGUGGGACAGGGAGAUUGGCAACAACAGCAGCGCGUUCAUGUGGUGGCCAUGUCAGCAGAUGUGGACUGUGCCGUUGUCGCCCGUGCCACUGAGGCUGGCAUGGAUGGCGCUGUGCAGAAGCCACUCAGUGAGAGAGUUCUACUGCAGGUGCUCUCAACACUUGACGGUUUGUAA